GGAAUGAAAACAAUGAAUAUUUAACUAGUAUAAAUAAUUUUUUACUAACCGUUAUCAGUUUAUUAUCAAAUAAAUAUGGAUCCUGCUCUGUUGCGGGAGCGUGAGGCGUUCAGAAAAAAAGCACUUGCUACGCCAAGUGUUGAAAAGAAGAAGAAAGAUGAGUCCCCUUAUAAAGAUGACAGCAAAAAGAAGUCUAAGUCUUCUAGCUCCUCAGCUAAUGCUGCACCUAAGUUGGAUGCAUCCAACUACAAAACCAUGGCAGGCAGCUCCUCCUACAGAUUCGGAGUGCUUGCCAGGAUUGUGCGGCACAUGAAGGCGAGGCACCAGGAAGGUGACGACCAUCCACUGUCCCUGGACGAGAUCCUCGAUGAAACCAACCAGUUGGAUGUAGGAAAUAAGAUAAAACAGUGGCUGCAAACAGAAGCACUGCAGAACAACCCCAAAAUAGAAUGUUCUCUUGAUGGAAAGUACAUAUUCAAACCUGUGUUUAAAAUUAAAGAUAAAAAAUCAUUGCUGAGGUUGUUGAAGCAACAUGAUCUCAAAGGCCUGGGUGGGAUAUUCUUAGAAGAUGUACAGGAAUCUCUACCUCAUUGUGAAAGAGCACUCAAGAAUUUAGCACAAGAAAUAUUGUACAUAACAAGGCCCACAGAUAAAAAGAAAAUAUUGUUCUAUAAUGAUAAGACUGCUAAUUUUGAUGUUGAUGAAGAAUUUGUUAAAUUAUGGCGAGCGACAGCGGUAGAUGCUAUGGAUGACGCGAAAAUUGAAGAAUAUUUGGAGAAACAAGGAAUUAAAUCUAUGCAAGAUCACGGCCCUAGAAAACCUGUUGUGCCUAAAAGGAAAAAGGUUUCACAAAAGCGGCGUCAAUUUAAAAAGCCUAGAGAUAAUGAACAUUUGGCAGAUGUGUUGGAAACUUACGAUGACAAUACAUUAACACAGAAGGGCGUUUCUAUUAAAUAAGUAAUUACAAUACAAAA